ACAAACUGUCAGUUUGCGAUUUUUUGUGAAUUAGUUUUGCUUUUCUAGCAAAGGUAGCCAAAGUGUUUUUCACUAAAAACACAGAAUCCCCUACAAACAAAUAUCGAUUCAUUCAAUUUACAGCUAUCGUGAAGAAGAUGGCAUUGCGACAAAUUAUUCGAAGACUAGUUACCGGCAGGAGCAAAAGACCCUUCAGCAGCGGCAGCAUGUACGAGCCGGCAUACCUCGAGUUGCUUCGUCCAAAAUAUCCCGUGUAUAAUACACUCAACUUCAACAUCAAAGGCUACGAUUAUGCGAUACUGGAGAGCUACCAAAGAUUCAUCUACAAUGUUAGUGAUACGAUGGAACUCGAUACUGUCGACUGCUGGGCACAUCCACCUAAAAAGCUCAACGUUCAAAGAUUCAAACCGGCUUCCGCGGUGAUUGACAGUGAAUACAAACUAACGGUGUACGAGCGAAAUGUUCAAAUUGCGAAUCUACAAUCUCCACUUUAUCCGAUAUUUGUGCGGAUUCUGCAAGCUGCGCUACCCGAAGGAGUGACUCUGUCUGUUUCCGAACACUCGGAUGAUGUGGACGAGGCACGUUAUGUUCCCGACAAGGACCUUCUGGAGCUGAAGCAACAGUUGGAUGACAUGGGCGGUUCGAGGGAUAGAAAGUAAAGUUACUUAUUGUAAUGUGAUAAACUCAGUUUAUAAAAUAUGAAUUGUUCAAAUUAAA